AGCUCCGACUGCAGCACUGUACGGUAGGUUGCGCCGUCUUCAUUGUUGGUGGUGGUGGUGCUGCGCGUUUGUUUGUUUUUUUCGCUCUUUUGAGGGGCGUUUUGCGGCUGCCUUCGGUCGCUGAUUGGCCGUAUUGUCUACUUUGUCUAAACUACCGGGUCCUCUUCCGUACUCUUCCCCAGACGCUAUUGGUUCUCUCACCUGCAUACAUGCGUAUACGCAUGCACAUACAUUUAAUAAUUCGAAGGGAAGACGCGUCCGCUGGCGUUGCCUCCGAUCUCGCUUUGGAUUCCACUAUACUCCGAAAGCUGUUGAUGAAGUUGUAGAGCUCAAUUCUCAAUUUCGAUUGCUCUUUUUCCUAAACUCACCACACACAAACAAAAAUUCCAUACCCAUGUCUUUCUCUGCAUCUGCGCACGAAUGCGCACACUACGUGCUGCGUUACACCGCCUAUCUUCUUCUUCUCCUUGUAGUUGUGGUGAAGAGACGCUGUAGUGAGCUGAAAAAGACGAUGCAUGAGGCCUCCAAGCACCCGUGCAGUCCCCGUCACCUGUCGCAGGUUCUCGUUCAGCUUUUGCGAACAUGGCGCUUUUUUUCGCACCAAGGCAUGAUGGUGUCGCUCCUCGCUCUGUGCGGGCUGCUCGGCGCUGCAGUGCAUCUGCGACUCGCACUUGCCUCGAACAGUACGUUGCUGUGGACGCACUGGGAAACCUAUGUGUCGAUGCCCACACGAGGAGCGUCGGUCACCGCCCCCGUGCGUGACCCCCGCCUGCUGAGUCCUUUUCCCCCACGCUCCGCCCUCACCGCCGCCUUCUUCUGCGGCCGCCCCACCGCCAGCAGCUACGACGGCUACGCAGGGGCGGCACACGCCGCCUACAUCCACCACGACAUGGACCACGACCGCUUCGUCGUGCGCACCUUCGGCCGCGGCGGCACCCGCGUGGAUCUGCGGCGGCGCACCGGCAUCGGCCGCAGCACCUACGAGGUGUUCUGCGGGGCGUCCGUGCAUGCGCAGACGCGCACCCCGCUCGCGCCGUCGCCGUGGGUGGAAGGCGAGGCCAACUGGCAGCUGAGCACCGCCGAGUCGCACGCACGCCCCACCAACGGCGGCUUUAACUACACGUUGGAGGAGUUGGCCAAGCCGCUCUCCGCACGUGGCACCUCCGAUCACUUCGACGCAGACUUCACCAAGGCGGACCAAGGCCUGCGCACGCACUACCGCCGCUACAGCCGCGACGAGGUGCUGGCGAAGAACCGCCACAUGGACUUCAUCUACUCCUACGUGAACGGCAGCGACGUCACACGCCUGUUUUUGAAGCCCUUUGCGACGUCAGGACAGUGUUCUAGUGCCACCACGUCCGUGCAACUGCUGUGGGGCGCGCUGCUUAGAUUGAAAUCCGCAGAACUCGCUGACCUCGGCACUUCAGAAAAGGAGUUUAGUCGUAGCGUGACGGCGGUUCUGUUUGCGGAUAUGUCCAGUCCGUGUUCUUUAGCCGACUUGCACUCCUCCACUGUUACCAGUAGUGAAGCCGUGAAACGAGUGCAGCAGUCUUUAGAAGCUGCUCUACGCGCAGGGACCGCGAACCCGGCAGCGUAUGCAUCCGGAACCUCGCACAGUACUCUGACCGUCUCAGAAAUGAUGACUGCACUGGGUGUGACUGAGGCACUCAACAAACAAGACUUUUUAGAUU